AUGCCCAUGCUGGAUCCGUCCCCCUCACCGCCCUCGUCGGCAGGCGAUAUCGAUGCCCGGCCGCCCCUGUCCGCCGUGCUGCCGCCCCUUAUCCUCGGCACCGCCACCUUCAACACGCAGUAUGUCGCCGAUCCCACGCGCAUGCACUACACCGACAUCGUCAGCCGCGCCCUCGAUCUCGGCGUCCCUGCCUUCGACACCUCGCCCUACUACGGGCCUUCCGAGAUCCUCCUCGGCCAGGCCCUGCACUCGCUCAUAACACCUCCGCCCUCGUCCACCUCCCCAGACGCCGAUGCUGUCCAUGUCCAGCCGCCAUCACCACGACACAAGCGCGAUGACUACUUCCUCAUCACAAAGGCCGGCCGCAUCGCCGGCGACGAGUUCGACUACAGCCCCGCCUGGAUCCGCUACAGCGUCCUGCGCAGCCUGAAGCGCCUGCACACGCCCUACCUGGACCUCGUCUACACGCACGACGUCGAGUUCGUCAGCCCCGCCGAGGUGCUGGCCGCCGUGCGCGAGCUGCGCCGCCUGCGCGACGAGGGCCUCAUCCGCUACGUCGGCAUCAGCUACCCCGUGCCCGUGCUGUGCGGGCUCGCCGAGAUGAUCCGCCGCGAGACCGGCGAGCCGCUCGACGCCGUCAUGAGCUACUGCCACUGCUCCCUGCAGAACGACACCCUCGCCGCCGGAUACACUGCGACCUCAACCGCGGCCCCGGCCCCGGCCCCGGCCCCAGCGCCAGCGCAGGAUAGCACCGCCCAUCCCCUCGACCGCUUCCGCGCCGCCGGCGUCAACGUCGUCCUCAACGCCAGCAUGCUCGGCAUGGGCCUGCUGACCACCCGCGGCGUCGACAACGGGCCCCAGGCCGCCUGGCACCCCUCGCCCACGGCCCUGCGCCAGGCCUGCGCCGCCGUCGCGGCAGCCACCACCGCCGCCGGCGAGAGGCUCGAGCGCGUCGCCAUCCGCUACGCGCUGGACACGUGGAGCCGCGCCGGCGCGGCGGCCGGGCUGGGCGUCGGCGUCGGCGUCGGCGUCGGCGCACGAGAACUAGAGGGCGGUCGCCCGCUCGGCGCAAGCGUCAUGGGCGUGUCGAGCCUGGCCGAGCUGGAGGAGACGUGGGCCGUCUGGCAGAGCGUGCUGGACAGCCUGCGCCCGAGCGGGGAGCUGGUCGACGAGGCCGAUCAAGAGCGGUGCGACGCAGCCGUCAAGCGGUACGAAAACGUCCAGGACCUCGUCCAUAAUACCCUGUGGCCUGUCCUCGGUUCGUGGCGGAAGCACAGCUGGGCAUCCGGUGGGCCUGAUUUUGUCAACACUCGGCGCCCCGAGGACUUGGGAACAACCCCAGAUGAUGGUCUUGUCGAGGCUUUUGAGAAGACAGCCCAAGAGACCCCAAUCGUGGCGAAGAAGCUGGAUGUCAUAGUAAAAGCGGUCGAAGUAACCACCGCAUGA